GUGUUUGUGAUAAUUAAAUUUUUAAUCCACAUAAAAAGAUUAAAUAUUUUUUCAAUCGAAAUUACAUGUGUCAUUCACUGAUUUGUUCGUUUGCCAAAUCAUCUGCGGUUGUGUCUCACGCAUGUAAUCUGCCAGAUUUGGAUUGUUCAUGGGACAUUUGUGUCAAGUUGAGGUGUCUAUAUGGUCACUUGGUAAGUUAAAGUGUGAAACUGACAAUUGAGACCAACUUUAAGUGUCUGUUUAUGUAUUUCGCCUAAAAAUAAAAAAGAAAUGGAUAAUAUAAAUUAGCCAAUGAAUAUGAUCAUAUACAAUUUAAUUUAAAAGGGAAUUUAUUGGAUGUGUGUAAAUAAAGCCUUAUCUACUUGUAAUAUGUUGAAUAUUCAAGUGAAACCUUUUAAAAAAUUAUGCGGGCUUAAUUCAAAACGAACAGUAAUAUCACCCCAACAACCACAUGGUACAUGAUGUAAAGAUAUUUAUCGUGAGACAAAGACAUGCUAAUGUUGACCACUUUCUUGGGAAACUCUGUAGGAAAGGAAAAGCAUAGGAUUCUUCUUGAAAUUAAUAUUGGUUGCUUUUUGCUGUUUCUCAAUAAAUUUUUGAAACAUACAUACAACUACAUAAGAUAGAUUUCAUGGGCAACUGUUAAAAAUCCAAGAACUCUUGAGUGGUUAUGAUUAGCAGCCAAAUUAUUAUAACAAUGACCAUGGCCUUCUUGAUAAUUACUAUAGUCAUUACUUCUUACUUUUCUUCCUUAGUUUCAGCCUAUGAUCUUGACCCUCCCCAGGAUUUAUGUGUUGCAGUUCAAGAUUCCAACACUUCUGUGCAGUUUUAAUGAAUGGAAAAGUUUGCAAAGAUCCAAAGCUAGCAACUGCAAAUGAUUUCUUUGCUUCAGGUUUUAAUGAAAGUGGACGUCCAAUACCAAAUUAUCUUGGUUUUGCAGUGAAUAUAUUGAAUGUAAAUCGUAUGCCAGGACUCAACACUCUUGGUAUUUCAAUUGCUCGUGCUGAUCUUGAACCAUUUGGAUUAAUCUCACCUCAUAUUCAUCCUAGAGGAAAUGAGUUAAUACUUGUAUUAGAGGGUAUUUUAUAUGUUGGAUUUACUAUUCCUGAUCCAGGAAAUCCUUUCAAAUCAAGAUUAUUUGAGAAAAUCUUGAAUCCAGGAGAUGUUUUUGUGAUCCCACAAAGUCUUAUUCAUGUUCAGUAUAAUUUGGGAACUACUAAUACGACAGCGUUAAGUGUUUUCAACAGCCAAAAUCCUGGAGUUCAUAUGAUUCCUUUUCAACUAUUUGGAUCGAAUCCACCAAUUCUUGAUGAUGUUCUUGUCAAAGGUUUUCGAUUGGAUAAGAAAGUGAUUGAACAUCUUCGAGCUCAGUUCUCGAGCAAAUCGUGAACAUGUUUGUACUGUUACAAUCUAUGAAUUUUAAGUCAUCUGUGUAAGUGUUGAGCAACUCUCUUGAAAUGUAAGAAGACAAGUUCUAGUUUGCUGUAAUUUUAUUUUUUCCUGUAAUUAGGUAUAGGUUGUGUUCUUUAAAAGAAACAAAACUUGGUGAUGUUCUUUUAAAGGUUCUGUUUUGUAAUGCAAUCUUGUCACGCAAAAAAAAAGGUGGACUGAAUUGUGCAACCCAAAAAGAAAAUGUGUUAUUUGUA